AGAUCUUUGUGGUUCUUUUACACAAGUUGAUGUUGAAUCCUCACAAUUUGAUCUCUUAGAUUAUGAAAUGCUUUCUGAAUGUGGCGCAGAAUAUCAGGAACAGUACAGCAAGUGUGAAAACAGCAGUUCUGAAGAUAACUUAUCUGAUCAAAAUGAUGUAGUUGAACUAGAUUCUGAAGACUGCGAGACAUCUAAACAGUCCGAGCCUAACAAUCAAAACAAGCUUAAUGAAUACCAUGCCACACAUUUUAAAUCCCCUGAACUGUGUCAAGACUCUAAAGAAAGUAAGCCAUCUGACCACUGUUUGUCCCUUGAGCACACACAGCUUACUGGGCAAAUGGACACCUCUGAUGACAGAUUUCUGCUAAACGGUCUAGAUGAUUGCACUUGUUUGUCGGAGACUUUUAAUUGUAGCCUGACCUCCUCGACUGAAGGAUAUCAAGACUGUAACCAACUCUUUGAGCACAGCGAAUCCUCUGUAUCUUUUAAGGCUUUAGAACAAUGCACAAGCUGUGGAAUGCACUUUGAAAAAUGUGACAUCCUUGAACAAUGCACUCCCUCUGUGCCCACUGAUCAUUCUGAGGGCCCAUAUCAAAGCAGACUUGCAGAAAGUUGCCCAAAGUUGUCAGGAACACACGACUCUGUCUUUCACAAACCUGAAGCAAAAACCAAAGAGAAUUUGCCUAAUCAUAGCAGCAGAACUGAGGGUAGGAAACCAUCUGAGUGCGAUGCCAUGUUUUCUGGAUCAAUGGAAACUUUUGAGGCUCGCUGGCUUUCUCAAUUUCUUACUGAUCUUUUGAGGCAUAAUAAGGAGACUUCAAGUAUUGCUGCUGAAAUUAGUGAGGCAAAUGGAGAGGUAGAAAAACCUGAAGUUGUAGAUCCUAAACCUGAAGUUCAAGCUUUAGAUAACUGUAGGAAGCUCUGUAGAAAGUGUGAAGAGCUGGAGAAAGGGAAAUGUUGUAAUGAUGAAACUCUUCAACCUUUUCAACUUGGUGGUGAUGAUGAGGAGACAACUUUUGAACUACACUCAAAUGUGGACAACUCCCUCGAUGCAGUGACCACAGGAUCAGGUUCUUCAGAUGAAUCAAGCGAAGAGGAGUACUGCGACUACAUGGAUGCUAAAAGUCAAAGUAGCUCUGAAACGGAUGAAUCAUUCAAAAGUUUUGUUGAUGAGUCUGAAUCAUUUGAAAUCUUCUCAGAUCAAGCAUGUGAUAAGGAAAACCUUCUUGCAGAGGAUGAUGAGUCCUCAAUUCAUAUACUACAGCCAGAUGAGUACCAUGAAGAAGGUAAUAAGAACUUUAACAUGUAUACACAGGAAAAUGUAGAUGCUUGUGAAGAAGCGUGUGAGAUUGAUUCUGUGCGACAAGUGACAGGAAAGGAAAGCAGUAAAACAUAUGCUGAAGCAUUAGCUGUUGGACUCCCUGUUGAUCCAGUUCAAAUCCAUGAAUGUGCCAAACCAGAUGAGGUCUGUGGAACUGAUGCUUAUGGGCCUGAUUUUAUUGACGAGAGUCUCACAUUGUAUUCUGAGGGCAAGGGCAAUGAUCUUUGCGACAUAAAUGGAGAGGUCGCUGAACCCCAUGUUGAUAUGCAUGUACAAGUGUCCUGUGUUGCAGCCGUUGAAGGUUAUGAACUGGAAGAAGUGGUUGAAAAUGCUUUCAACAAUAUAUCUGGAGAUGUCACAGGGUCCUGUGCUGUAAAGAACACAUUUCAAGAAGUUGAUCCUUCAGAAUCUCCUGAAGAAGAAUUGUUGGAAAAUGAGGACAGUCAGAAUUUAACUGGGAUCUACAGCUCUGAGAACAAGGAAAUCAAACAAGAUCUCAGUUCUGUGGUUGAAAUUGAUGAAAAUGAAGAGACGCACACUGACUUUGAAAAUGAGGGGGAUCAUGGACCUUGUUGUGGAGAGAUUGAAACAACUGAAGAUGAAGAAACAGCCCUGUUUAAUUUUGAAGAUCUUGUGAGAUGUUCUGAGGAAAGUGACAAAGGUAAAGAGACACCAACUGCGGAUCAACUGCUCUCUUGUGCCUUUGAGGAACAGUCAAAAACAGAGACAGACUCUUUUUGUUUAUCAGAUGGUCAGCAAGAGGCCCAUACCAAGACAAAAGACACCUCUGGGCUCCUUCAUCCUCCUGGAACAGAUGAUCUGCCUGAGGAGAACAAGCAAAAUGAAAAAUUAGAGGAACUUAUACAUCAAGUUGCUAGAAGUGAGGCACCUGAACAAGACACAUUUUUUAAGUCUGACCAAAAAAGGUCAAGUGAACAGAGUGAUUCUUAUGACGACAGUGAUGUAUCUGAAGAUGAAGAGUACCCAGAGGACUGUGAUUGUGAAAUCUGUGUUCCGCCCAUAGAUCAGGUCCCGGCCAAGCCACUUCUUCCACAGAUAAAGUCUAAAGAUGCUGGGAAGAUCUGUGUAGUCAUUGAUCUGGAUGAAACACUAGUCCACAGUUCAUUCAAGCCGGUAAACAAUGCUGACUUCAUCAUUCCAGUGGAAAUUGAUGGGACAGUACAUCAGGUGUAUGUGUUGAAGAGACCUCAUGUUGACGAGUUCCUCAAACGGAUGGGGGAACUGUUCGAGUGUGUGUUAUUCACUGCAAGCUUAGCCAAGUAUGCCGAUCCUGUCUCGGAUCUGCUGGACAAGUGGGGAGCUUUCCGAAGCCGUCUUUUCCGAGAAUCUUGUGUGUUCCACCGUGGAAAUUAUGUCAAGGACCUAAGCCGUCUAGGCAGGGAUCUCAACAAAGUCAUCAUUGUGGACAACUCGCCAGCCUCCUACAUCUUCCACCCAGACAAUGCUGUACCUGUUGCCUCCUGGUUUGAUGACAUGUCUGACACAGAGCUGCUGGAUCUCAUCCCUUUCUUCGAGAGACUGAGUAAAGUGGAUAAUGUCUACACUGUGCUCAAGCAGCAGAGGACUACUAGCUAGCGGGACACUAGGGGCAGCUGUCACUAUGGGGCCAGGGAGGCUGCUGGGCUCGGAGCACACCACUGCUUCCCCCUAACAGGACCAGCCACUAGCUCAGUCCUCGUCACCUACCCAGAAUUCCAUUCACAUGAUGUUUGAUCGAGAAAAGAAGGCGAAUGACAGAACUGUGAAGGACUGCUUUAUCCAUUACAAGCAUAAAAUAACAAGCUCAUUGUUUUAACACUCGAAUGGGUGAAUCUCAGGAAAGCGGACAACACCAUAUUUUACCCUGAAGUCAAAUAAUAGAAAUAAGAAAUGAUAUUUUGCUUAAGGAUUUUUUUUUCUUCUUUUUUUCCGUUUGUGAUAAUAUAUUGACAACUAAGCACAUUCCCCCCAAUUUCCGCCAUGAUGCAAAAAAUGCAAACUUAUAUUUACUGUAAUGUGUAAACAAACAAACAUGAUAAUAUAUUUAAAUUAUAUUGUAUUUAUGUUAUGGUUGUAUUUGUUGUACUGCCUUCAAUGCUUUUUGUUUAUGCUAAAAGUACUCUAUUACAGUUAUGAAAAUCACCAUUGUGAAUGAUAAUGGAAAUCACAAAAAAGAAAGAUUUCAAAAAGUCAAAUGUCCAGAUGCAUCAUGGCAAUAAUGAGGGAAAAAACAUUUUAAAUCUCAUGAAAAUAAUUUCACAAUGUCCUAUAAUAUGGCUGUUUUCUUUCUGCAAAUAUUAUUUUGUAUUUAUUGUCCAUUUGCUUUCAGGGGUAAAUGUGGCGUAGGCUUGUUUUCGGAGAGAUUCACCAAAAGAUGUCUUUCCUUCUUUGCAACUCUUUCAUUUUCAUGGUUGAGGGAAGCCCUGUUAAAAUGAAUCAAGUUGAUUAUCCUCUUCGGUGGGUGAUUUGAGAAGAUUUGUGUUUUAAGAAAAUGACUUCCUCUUCUUUAUAUCUUGAGUUAAACUUCCCUCAUUCCCUGUGUUAAAUGAGUUUACCUCAAGAUCUCAAAGCGAGGACAAAACCAUAAAUGGCAAUCACAUGGAAUAAUAUGCUGUCUUUUUUUUAAUCUAGACAAGUUUAUUGGACUCUCAAACAAGCAUUCAUUAUCCCUUUUAUUUUUCUAAAAAAAUCAUGUUUUCUUUCUUCUCCAUUUUUAUUUCUAAAUCAAACAUGAAAGAGUCAUGAUGCAAUCAGCCACACUUGAAAUUCAAGUUUCGCAAAGCAACAAUUGUAAGAAAGGGAAAUUGGCCCAGCACCUGUUGCCGCACGGCCCGUUUUCACGCUGAAGGUUAAGCUAAUGCACCUUUUGAGUUGUAUACAGUAUGCUUUAUUGUGUCUAAUGCGAGGUCCUUCAAUGUGGCCUUAAAAUUAGUAGCAAAUUUUUGUCAGACAAUAUCAAAGUGGUCUUAUUUACAAAAUCAGUUUGUCUGAUACUGUGUAGUUCUAAAUUCAUAACAGUAUGCCAUUUGUGUGUUUAUAUUAAUCAAAACAAGUAAAGAAUACUGGAAUCAAACCAUGAUUUGUCAGUGGAAACGACCUGUAAUGCCUUAGCUCUCCAUUAGAUCACUAAAGCUGUUAGGUGGUUUAUUGAGAAAGUGACUUGGGCAUUGGCGUAAGGCUGUAAGCAUGCUGUAACGUGGACUGGAGAGCCCCAGUUAAUGUGCAGUUGACGUGCCUUCUUGUUAGUUGUGCCAUUUAAUAUGGAUGGUUUUCCUCAUGGGGAUCGCAUACUUGCUCAGCACUAUCUGAGUUGAUUGUUCUGCAAGUGCCAAUGUUGAUGUUUCGACACAAUGGUGAUGAUGUUCAUGUGUACGGGAGAGAGUGGAAAGAUGAUGUUAUGGUUUUUAAUACUUGUGUUUUGUCCAUUUUUCAGUGUUUGACUUUUAAAAUAGAUUUGGGGAUGGCGGAACACUUGCCAUCUUUCUAUAUUUGUGAUAUUAAUGAAAAUAGUGCUGUGCCAUGGAGAAAAAAAAGAAAAGAUUUUGUUAUUCAUAAAAGCUUAAAGAGCA